UCAGUUCUCCGCUCAGUUCUCCUGGAGUAAACAGCACGCGCGUUUUAUUUAUAUUAUUAUUUAUUUAUUUUUAAUUCGUUCCCCCUUCAUUCGGAUUUCGAUCACGAUGCGGUCUCGGUCGUUCCUCGUGCAUCUCCUCGCGCCGCUGCUGCUGCUGCUGUCGGUGUCGGUGUCCACGUCGCGCGCGCUCUCCGGCGGCGAGUACUGCCACGGGUGGAGGGACGCGGCGGGCGCGCGACACCGCGGAUUCCGCUGCCCCGAGCGCUACGACGGCGAGGGCGCGCGCUACUGCUGCGGCUCGUGCUCACUGCGCUACUGCUGCGCCGCGCCGGACGCGCGCCUCGAUCAGAGCACGUGCCCCGCCGAGUUCGACUUCUACACCGAGGGAGCGCGAGACAUCCCGCCGAACCUUCCCACGUAUCUGCCCUUCGUGAUCGUAGUGAGCGCCUUCCUGUCCUUCGUUCUGCUCGGAGCGAUGAUCUCCAUCUGCUGCUGUCACUGCGUGAAGCCGAAACCCGGCGACCGGCCCGGUCCCACCCAGACCGGUUUGCUGGAAUCCGGAGGUCCGUCACCUAAAAGCUCCACCCCUUCAUGUACAUCCAACUCCGGGCUCCACCCACCUCGCCCAAGUCCGUCAGAUCUCAGCGUGUACAGCGCAUUUCCGCCCACGUUUGUUCCUCCGCUCCACCAGGGGGCGCCGCAGUUUUACCCGAACUAUCCUAACUAUCCGCUGCCGCCGGAGCACACCAUGCUGAUCGCGCCAGCGUUCCUGGAUGCACACGGACACGGACACAGCCCACCCUUCCCUCAGGACCCCAUCUACCCCACUGUCACCGUCUGAUGAUGUCACAUGACUACAAACAAUUAGCAACUACAACCAUGAAAAGGCUAACUGAGAAAAGCAUCAUGGUAAUGAAGAUGAAGAUCACAGCCAUCACCUUCCCAUCUCCCAUCACAGGACUAAAAACAAUUAGCGUCUCAGAGUACGGAAAAAUGUCCUGAUUGUUCCGACUUUUCCGAAGUCAAUGUGUGUUUGCGCUUCACCAUAUUUUUAUUUAGUUGAUAUUAGCCGUGAAGAUCACAAACAUUUAUGAACAUGGCUUAGAAAUCCUCUCAGAAAUCCUGUCACGUUAGCCAGCUAGCUAGCAUAAGCUGUAAAAGUAUUAAGAUCCCUCAAACAGUCUCUCGGAAAUACUGUCACUUUAGCCACAUAGCUAGCAUUAGCGGUAUAAGUAUUAAUAUCCCUCAAACACUCUCUCAGAAAUCCUGUCACAUUAGCCAGCUAGUUAGCAUUAGCUGUAAAAGUAUUAAUAUCCUUCAAACACUCUCUAAGAAAUCCUGUCAGGUUAGCUGACGUUAACCAGAUAGCUAGUGUAAGCAAUCGAGGACCAUGCGCAAUUCUAUAUAUGUGUUUAAAAGUCUCUUAAAAAUGAUGUCAGAAUUGGCACGUUAGCUAGCUAGCAUAAAAACAAUGAACAUCGUGAUCAUUUAUGAAUAUGAGUUUAAAAUCCUCUCAGAAAUCUUGUAGUUGUAGUGUGUGUUCACUAGCUAGCUAGCAUAAGCAGUGAAGCUUGUUUACAUAUACAUAUGACUUAAAAAUCCUGUCAGAUUAGCUUAUGUUAGCUAGCUAGCUAGUGUUAGUAUCAAGGGGAUGAUAAUUUAUGAAUAUGGCUUAAAAGUCCUGUCAGAUUAGCUUAUGUUAGCUAGCUAGCUAGUGUUAGUAUCAAGGGGAUGAUAAUUUAUGAACAUGGCUUAAAAAUCCUGUCAGAAAUCCUGUCAGAUUAGCUUAUGUCAGCUAGCUGGGUAGAAUAAGCAGUGAAGAUUGUAUACAGAGUUCAAAAUCCUGUCAGAUUAGCUCAUUUUUUUUAGCUAGUUAGCAUUAGCAGUGAAUAUUUGGUGUGGAUAUGAUUGAAAAAUCCUGUCAGAUUGUGUCAUGUUUGCUAGCUAGCUAGCGUCAUCAGUGAAGAUUGAGUCUGUUCCUGAGUAUGCCUUAAAAAUCCUGUCAGGUUAGCUCACGCUAAUCUUCCUUCUUCAUCGUGCUUUUUUUCUGUAAUCUUGCUUCUUAUAGGAGUGUAUUCUGCUUCAAACAUUUUUGUAAAAUGACUUUUUUAAACUCGCUGAUUAGAGUUUGUUAUUUAAACCAAAAAAAAGAGAGAGAAGGAAACAAUAAAGUUGUAUUUUUUAAAAUAUUUGGAUGAGGGUGUGAUGAUUUUCACAUUUAGUUUGCAGAGCGCUAAAGUAAAGUUAGCGACAUUCUCAAGCACAUUGUGGUUUUAAUGUGUGUGUGUGUGUGUGUGUGUGGGGAGACUCUCCUCACCGUGUGUGUGUGUGUGUGUGUGUGUGUGCGAAGCCACAGCAGGAGAACUGAAAGACAAUAGACUGAAACUGUCCUCACACCCCCGAGAGAGACGAAGCCCAGGUGGAGACGGUGUGUGUGUGUGUGUGUGUGUGUGUAUAACAGAGAGAUGGAUUAAGACUUAGCGAGCCCAGCGGGUGGUUAUAAAGAUGCGCAGGAGCUCGUUAAGUGUGCAUUAGCAAACCGAACGGCUCUUCCGAAUCCUGUUCACAUGCAAAGCAGCGUAAAGAAUUCAGUUCCACCUGAAGUGAAAACCUGCACACGUUCCUCUUACGUUACUAUUUUAUUUAAUACUUUAUUUUGUAGAGCGAUCCUUGUUAACUACAAAGCUAGCUAGCAUUUUUUUUUAAAAAAGUACAUUACUCUACUCAAACCUCCUUAUAACGCUAACCUACUAGCUAUAUUUAAUACAUUAUAGUACGAUAUAUAUAUAUAUAUACACGAUAUAGCUAGCUAGCUAGGUUUAAAUAUUUAUGUUUAGCUAAGGCAACUUUAUAUCUGUUUCUAUCUCUGUCUAUGAAAAGAACAUAUUUAAAUCAAAAUAUUUAAUUAUAAAUACAACCAUAUGUCAUAUAUAUGUAUGUUUAUAUACGUACAGAACAUCUUAAAUAGUAACGCACACAACUGUGGAACAAUUGUUGUGUUUCUGUUUUAUUUGUGCAAACUAAAAUAAACGUAAAGCUACUGCUUAUUUAAAUCAUAAGUCAUUUUAUUUUAGGAUAGUUUUAAACUUUAGUGUUUUGUUUAAUUGUAAAAAGUCUAGUGACUAAUUUAGCAUAACGGAAUUCAUUUAAAAUUUUUUAUAUAUAAUUUUACUUAUUUAUGUUAUGAUAUUUAUUUAUAAUACAUUAUUUUAUUGCAUUUUUUUAAUCUUUAAAAUGUCAGCCAUUUUGUUUGUGUGCUCUUUGGGGAUUGGGUGUUUUGGUAUAUGUUUUGUUUUGUUUUCUGUAUACUUGUUUGAAUGUAUUUACGAUCCCUAAAAGUACAAAGGUGAUAGAUAGAAUGACGCAUGAUAGAAAUAAAUAAAUAAAUAAAUAAAUAAAUACUCACUCGUUCGGAGACAGAGGGAUUGAUGUUUACCGGACAAUGCGGUUCUCAUGUACACAUACAAUACGUAAAGACUUUAAAAUGAAGAAAUGUUUUUUAUGAGUUUAAUGAUUUAUUGAGUCACGCUACACACUGCUCUGAAAA